CUGCCUGCUUGCGGACUCAUCCUGGUUCUGCUCAUCUGCUCCCGGGUGUGUCGGAGUGCCUGCCUGUGGAGGAGGCUCCGGGGGCAGAGAGGAAGUGGAAACUAUCAGCCAACAUGGAGCCACGGAGAAAAGGGAAAGCUCCAGGACGGGGACGCGGCCACCCGUGAAAAAGAGGAAGGUGAAGCCUCUUUGGCCAUGAAGGAAAUUGCGAAUUAUGUGCGCUUUGAAAGAACUGCGGAAAAUCAGUCUUUCUAAACACACACAUACACACACACACACUCACUGAGAGAAUCUACGGAACAACUUGUGUGCUUGGAAGUCGCGUUUAAGCGAAUUUUCCACCAGUGAGGGAUUCCUUUCUCCGUCUCAUUCAGAACAGAGGAGUGGAAAAAGGGGAGAAACACCUUACAGGCAUAAAGAAGAAACAGCGCCUCCUACCGUCACAGGUCCAGGACAGUAUGUGGCUGCUGGUCCUUCAGCUGAUCUUCGCUGGCUUCUAUCUACAGCCAGCAACAUGUCACCCAUCAUGCCAGUUGUGGGGACAAAAAGCAGACUGCGCCGCCCAGAACCUCAGCUGGGUCCCUGUUCUGCCUCCCAACAUCACCCACUUAUAUUUGGAUAGAAACUUAAUCCAUGAGAUCAACAGGACUUCUUUCAGAGACUUAAAGGAACUUCAGGAAUUAGACCUGGGAAGCCAGAAAGUAGUCCUCACCAUCAGGAACGACUCUUUCCUCAGGCAGAGAAAGUUGACCACACUGGUUCUCGGCGACAAUGUCGGCCUUAAGCUGGAGCCGCGGGCGUUUGCCGGGCUGGUCAGGUUAAGAGACCUCUGGCUGGAUUACUGCUCUUUGACCGACUCCAUACUUGCAGAAAACUACCUGAAGCCACUUCUGUCACUGGAAAGGCUCAACCUCUACGGGAACCACAUAGUGAGACUCAAUCCGGGUCAGUUCUUUAGGAAUCUCACAAAGUUCUCACAGUUAAUUCUUGAGCUGAAUCAGCUUGAGAAAAUAUGUGAGAAAGACUUAUUUGGCUUCCAGGGGAAAUAUUUUCACCUUCUGAGCUUGAGGUCGAACAGCUUCUUCAGAUCUGACGUUGACUGGAAGGACUGUGGAAACCCUUUCAAAGAGAUGGCCUUCAACAUCCUUGAUAUCUCAGGAAGUGGAAUGAAUUUGGAAUCAUUAAAAUCGUUUUUCAGAGCAAUCAGGGGGACUCUAAUUGCUCAUCUUAAAUGUUCUGGAAGUCUUGGAAAAGACUUUUCCUAUAACAACAUACCUGAUCCAGACAAAGACACUUUUCAAGGCCUUGAGGAGAGUUCAGUUGUUAAUUUAGACCUAACAGGGAACAGGAUUUUUGCUUUAAAGACUGGAGUCUUUAGGGCUCUGAAAGACGCAAAGAUGAUUGAUAUCUCCCGGAAUAAGAUAAACUUUAUAGAGACAAACGCCUUCGUUGGUCUGGAGAAGAAUCUACUACAACUCAACCUGUCAUCCAAUCUGUUAGGAGAGAUCCGCUCUGACACAUUCAGCAAUCUGACAGAGCUUCUCAUUUUGGACUUGUCUAACAACCACAUUGGUGUUCUUGGAGACAAGGCCUUCAGUGGUCUUUCCCAGUUACAUCAUUUAUAUCUGACAGGAAACUCUCUGCGACAGCUGGCAUCUCCUGCGUCGCUACCGAAUUUAGAGUUCCUCCUCCUACGAGACAAUAAGUUGAAUUCCAUCAGAAGCAUCAAAGGCUUGUGGAACAGCAGUCACUAUUUAGAUAUUUCAGAAAACAGAUUCACAAACCUGGAGGACCUUUAUGUCGUUUCAAGUCAUUUCAAGCAUCUGCUGUACUUUUUUUACGGGGGCAACACCAUUUUGUGGUGCACUAUAAAUCCAGGGGUCUCCAUGUCUCCUAAUAAUAGUUUGGUUGUGUUGGAUCUUCAUGGCAGUUCCCUCCAGAUUUCUUGGGCACAGGGGCAUUGCCUGGAUAUAUUUGAUAAUUUCCAGAAUCUGAUUGGCUUAAAUAUCAGCCUCAAUUCCCUGAUGACCCUUCCUCAUGGGGUAUUCAGGGGUCUCACCUCGAUUAGAAAUAUUGACCUCUCGUCCAAUGCCCUGACCUAUUUGGAGGCCAGUGUUUUCCCAGCCAGCCUAAAAUCGCUCGACCUCUCAAACAAUUUCCUGGUCUCUCCCGAUCCGAUGACUUUCCACUCACUCAGCGCCCUCGACCUUUCUGGAAAUCGGUUCCACUGUGAUUGCGCUCUGGAGGGCUUCCUGAAGUGGCUGAACACGACCAAUGUGACCUUCUUGAGCCCGUCUCAGGAAUACAGAUGUGAGUUCCCAGCUUCUUUCCAUAAUCUUCCCCUAUUGGAGUUUCCCACCAUCAUGGAGUCAUGUGAAGAUGAGGAAAAAGACGUUCAGGCUUUUCAGUUGGCUCUUUUCAUCUCCUCCGCCAUUCUCAUCUUCAGCCUCGUACUCGGCGGGAUUAUUUACGCCCGCUUACGAGGGCAAAUAUUCAUCAUCUACAAAAAGGUAGUCAACAGGGUUCUUGAGGGCCCCAAACCGCCUGCCCAAGAGAACAACUGGCAAUACGAUGCCUUCCUGUGCUUCAGCAACAGCGACUACAGGUGGGUGGAGGCCGCCUUGCUGAAGAAGCUAGACAACCAGUUUGCAGAAGAGAACCUGUUCCACUGUUGCUUCGAAGCUAGAGACUUUCUACCUGGGGAGGAUCAUCUGUCAAACAUCAGGGAUGCCAUUUGGGGAAGCAGGAAGACCUUGUGCAUCGUCUCCAAGGAGUUCCUCAAAGAUGGCUGGUGUUUGGAGGCGUUCACUUUAGCCCAGGGCCGCAUGUUAGAGGAGCUGACCAACGUCCUGGUUAUGCUGGUGGUAGGGAAGGUUGCUCACUACCAGCUGAAGAAGUGCAAUGCAGUCAGAGCUUUUGUCCAGAGGAGAGAGUACCUCACCUGGCCCGAGGACCCUCAGGACCUGGAGUGGUUCUAUGAGCGGCUUGUCUCGCUGAUCCUCAGAGACACCAAGGUGAAGAAGUUUGCUGAGGAUAAGCCUGAGAAGCCAGAUUGUCAACCUCCUGCUAAAGAGAAGAUUCCACUUGAGAAUAUCAGAGUUAACAACUUAACAGGGAAUCCAUGAAUGUGAAUUUAAGUUCUUUAUAUUUAAGAAGACCUCAGUCUUUGUUCAACUUAAACAGCCUUAAAAGAAAUACCCAUACCUUCAAACAAGUCUUUAAACCAGACUUUAGUUUUGUUUGCCUUUCUUUCUACAGGAAUACCUUUAUGAGCCAACGAAGUCAGACUCUACUCACUUUGCACAAGUUAUAGUCACCAGUCCAUGAUUGGGAACAUUGAGUGUAAUACUGAUACUGUGAACAGUGUGGUGCAGGUUUCUUGCUGUGUACUGUGCACACUAGUUUUUAGUCAGAACGUUCAAUCAGAAUGUGACCUGCGGAGAGAAGACACGUGUGUUCAGUGUUUAACUUGGUGGUGAGUAUAUCAUGGUAAGGAGUUGUCUGUAGUGCUGAGGAGUUCAAUACCAGUGAUCAGUAGCAAUAUGAUAUA